AUGUUCUCAGGAAGAGACAGUUUGGCCCAAAGUACGGCUCAAAGAAUCGAUGCUCUUGUUAUUGUAGAAGCAACUGCCGUUGUUUUAGUGGACGUCAUAGCACUAUUGGGCAAUGUUCUGGUGUUCGCCGUAGCCUCCAAAAACCGUCGCCGCCUCACCAUAACAGAUAUCCUUAUCAUCGCUCUGUCGUUAACAGAUCUUCUCGUGGCUCUGACAGUGAUGCCUUUGUCAGCUGGGGCGUUAAUCACAGGAGUCUGGCUUUAUAACCGAUGGCUUUGCCUUUUUCAAGGUUUCUGCGUUAUAACGUUUGCGUGUGCGUCCCUCAACACCCUUUCUGUGAUUGCAGUCAACAGAUACUACUGUGUGGUCAAAUACAAUGACUACCGCAGAGUUUUUUCUAUCAAAAGAACUCUUGGAUACUUGAUCCUUGUUUGGCUUGCCGCAUUUUGUUUCUCCAUCCCACCGCUCCUGUUUAGUGCCGAUGACUACGCUUUCCAGGCCGGCAAAGUCCUAUGUGUUUAUCCCUUCGAGAUCAACUUGGCGUACACAGUUUGCUUGGAUGUGCUGUUCAUUGGCGUGCCGACAGCGACCAUUAGUUAUUGUUACUGGCACGUGUUUCGCACAGUACAACAGCGUAACCGAGCUGUAUCAGGAAAAGGUCAAGAAUUAACAACGAGGAUGAACGUUCAAGAGGCGAACAUUACCAAGACGCUGAUCGUGGUGGUGGUUGGCUUUGCUUUAUGCUGGUUUCCCGUUCUGGUCAUGGAUACAAUUGAUGUAGCGACAGGUGACCUUAUCCUUCCGCGCCAACUGUAUCUGUUUUACACAUUCAUGGUUUUCUUGUCGUCCACCAUCAACCCUUUUAUCUACGCGCUUGUUAACAAACGAUUUAGAAAGGACUACUGGAGGGUUUUACGUUUGUUACUUCGACGUCGGGUUACAGAGCCGACAUUGGAAUUUUCAGCAACUAGAUGA